UUUGUCCAGCCAUCGCUCCAACAAUGCAGCUUUUAAUGGUGCUGUGAGCGGCGCGAGCUGAAAACGCAGCAACACCGCAGGCUGUAGUCGUUCAGAUUCAGCACAGCAGGAUUUUUAACCGUUUGACAAACCUGCCACGCGGCUCCGACUUUUUGGGACAUCCUCGACUCUUCUGCUUGGGUUCCUGUUUUGAGAAGAGACGAUUUUAGAGGCCGCAUCUCCAGAGGAAUACCUGACAAGGGGCCAGAAAAUGAGCUCAACCCAGAUAGAAGCAACUAGUCUAACCAGCUAUCUCACCGAGCUGUGAGCAGCCAUGCCCUCCCUUCAUCAACCAUCGAAGGGAACCCUUGUCGAGAUGCGGGACUGUUUUCUGACAUAGAUUUGGAAGAAGUGGAAUCUCGCAACAGAAAUGGCAUUUGUUUGUGUGGGCUAUAACGCAUCGGAGUACAUAUUAGAAUACAGGUGAGGCUGAUACCCACAGGACUCGUAACAGGAGGUAAACAGCCUCAGAUGACCUUUGCACAAGGACAGAGCCACAGCCCAGCUUUGAUGAUUUAGUAUCCAUCCCACUACCUUGCUGACAAGGUCGUAUCAUGGCUGCUGCUGAUCCCCAUAGCAACGGUUGCUUGGUUGGGCGAGGAGCAGACUGAGAGUCAACAAUGCAGCGUAACGGUGGUGGCGGGGGUGCCGGUGGCCAGCCAUGGGUGCUACGCCGUGUGCGUCUCACCUGGCUCAGUUUCAUGCUCUUCUUCAUCCUGGUUUUCUUCCCACUCAUUGCCCACUACUACCUCACUACCAUUGACGAAGCUGGGGGUCCUGAUAAGCGCAUCUUCGGGCCGCGGCCCGGUGGUGAACUGUGUGAGGCGAAACAUGUGCAGGACCUGUGCCGAAUCCGCGAGUCAGUCAGCGAGGAGCUGCUGCAGCUGGAGGCCAAGAGGCAGGAGCUCAACGGGGAGAUCGCCCGACUCAACCUGCGCAUUGAGGCCUGCAAGCGAAGCAUUGACAGCGCCAAGCAGGAUCUGCUGCAGCUGAAGAACGUUAUAAGCCAGACAGAGCAUUCCUAUAAAGAACUAAUGGCCCAGAACCAGCCAAAGUUAUCACUACCAGUCAGGCUGCUGCCAGACAAGGAGGACCUGGGACUGCCACCACCCAAGUCUGCCCGCUCCUGCCGCCUACGCUCCUGCUUUGACUAUGCGCGCUGCCCUCUUACCUCUGGCUUUCCUGUGUAUGUCUACGACACAGGCUCCUAUCAAUGGGCGGAUUAUCUUGACCCACUGGUGAAGCAGGCUUUCGCAGCAUCAGUUAAGAGCAACAUUUAUAUAACUGAUAACCCCAGCAUUGCUUGUCUGUAUUUAGUGCUGGUAGGGGAGCUACAAGAGUCCUCCUCCCCACCGCCAUCUCCUUCAGAGCUGGAAAAGCAACUAAAAGCUCUCCCUUACUGGAGGUCUGAUGGGCACAAUCAUGUACUGGUGCAUUUCUCCAGAAAGUCCAUGACUCAGAACUUUCUCUAUAAUGUGAGCACAGGUCGGGCGGCAGUUGCUCAGUCCACCUUCCUGGAGCAGCAGUACCGCGAGGGCUUCGACUUGGUUGUCUCCCCACUGGUUCAUGCCCUUUCCGAACCAAAUUUUUUGGAAGUGCCCCCUCAAGUUCCCGUAAAGAGGAAAUACCUCUUUACCUUCCAGGGGGAGAGGGUGGAGUCACUGAGGAGCAGCUUACAGGAGGCACCCCCCCAGUCUUUCGAGGAGGAAAUGGAAGGAGACCCACCAGCCGACUACGACGAUCGCAUCAUCGGCACCUUAAAGGCAGUGCAGGACAGCCACUUGGAUCAGGUGCUGGUGGAGUUCACCUGCAAGAACCCACAGCCGAGUUUGCUGACUGAGUGGGCUCUCUGUGGAGAGAGGGAGGACAGGCUGGAGGUCCUCAAGGCUUCAACUUUUGGCUUGGUGAUUUCUCCAGGAGACGGACAGCUAGUGGCCUCAGCAGGCUGUGGGAUGAGGCUCUUUGAGGCCCUCGAAGUAGGGACCAUUCCAGUUGUGCUAGGGGACCACUCCAAACUACCAUAUCACCAGUUUAUUCGCUGGAGUGAAGCAGCCAUUAUCGUCCCAAAGCCUCGUGUCACAGAGCUACACUUCCUGCUACGCAGCCUAUCAGACAAUGACAUGUUGGCGAUGAGGCGUCAGGGCCGCUUUCUGUGGGAGACCUACUUCUCCACCACGGAGAAUGUUCUUAACACCCUCCUGGCCAGCAUCAGAACCAGCGUCCAGGUUCCUGCCGCACCCAUCAAAGAAGAGCCCGCCCACGAGAUUCCCCACAAAGCCGGGAAGAUGGCAGGAACUGAUGCCAACCUGGCUGACAAUGGAGAUCUGGAUUUGGGUCCUGUUGAGACAGAGCCCCCCUACGCCUCUCCACGCUUCCUCCGCAACUUCACAUACACAGCUUCAGACACUUAUAGAACGUGGAACCGGGCCCCAGGACCUUUCCAUCUGUUCCCUCACACUCCUCUGGACCCUGUGCUGCCGUCUGAAGCCAAAUUCCUUGGCUCAGGUACUGGGUUUAGGCCUAUUGGUGGAGGUACGGGAGGCUCGGGGAAGGAGUUUCAGGCAGCUCUCGGAGGAAAUGUGCCCCGAGAACAAUUCACCGUGGUGAUGCUGACUUAUGAGAGGGAGGAGGUGCUGAUGAACUCUCUGGAGAGACUGAAUGGACUGCCGUACCUCAACAAGGUCGUGGUGGUGUGGAACUCGCCCAAGCCUCCUUCAGAUGACCUGCUGUGGCCGGACAUCGGCCUGCCGAUUGUGGUUGUCCGCACAGACAAGAACAGCCUCAACAACCGCUUUCUUCCCUGGGACGCCGUGGAAACCGAGGCCAUCCUAUCGAUUGACGAUGACGCUCAUCUCCGCCACGAUGAGAUCAUGUUCGGGUUCAGAGUGUGGCGUGAGGCCAGAGAUCGUAUCGUGGGUUUCCCCGGGAGGUAUCAUGCAUGGGACGUGAAUCACCAGUCCUGGCUGUACAACUCCAACUACUCCUGUGAGCUCUCCAUGGUCCUGACAGGAGCUGCUUUCUUCCAUAAGUACUACGCCUACUUGUACUCCUACGUGAUGCCCCAAGCCAUCAGGGACAUGGUGGACGACUACAUAAACUGCGAGGACAUUGCCAUGAACUUCCUGGUCUCGCACAUCACCCGCAAACCACCCAUCAAGGUGACAUCGCGUUGGACCUUCCGCUGUCCCGGCUGCCCUCAGGCCCUGUCACACGACGACUCGCAUUUCCACGAACGGCACAAGUGCAUCAACUUCUUCGUCAAGGUGUACGGCUACAUGCCGCUGCUGUACACGCAGUUCCGCGUGGACUCUGUGCUGUUUAAGACUCGUUUGCCCCACGACAAGACCAAGUGCUUCAAGUUCAUCUAGCAUCGGGCUGAGUGGCCCAGCAAAGAGCCCGAAGCAGAGAGGACUGAAGGACUGGAAGUAUUUAUGAGACCAGCAGCUCCCAGUGCGAGCAGUGAUGAGGAUGGAUGGACAGAUAAAUGCACAGAAGGAAAGUUUGGGGUUAGGAUUUUGCCAGGGGGAAGAAACAAGUUAACCGUAACAGCUGUUUGCUUGGUAUUCUAAUCCACAACUCAGAAAAUCUGAGGAGAGGAAGCUAAAAGGAACCACUGCCAACAAAAUAAGCCUUUUCACUCCUCCUUAUUCAUGUUCUUCAAUCAUCAACCACUACAGAUGUCAUUUGCACCUCUCAACGGCCUGCUGAGGAAAGAGGAUGGUUGUACACAGUGUACAGAGAUUCUCCCACGAUAAACUCGACCUGACUGGAUACAUCAGUUACUGGCGGACGGAUGUCCGGCUGCGUUCGGCCCAGCAGCUUGUUGAGUUUCAGUAAGUAGAGCAAAGGUGGCAGCAGCACAUGGUCUCUAUCUACAGUACUUCUUGUACAUGGACAUGAUGGAAGCACUGAUGGUCAGAAGCAUUUUAUUGAACAAUCUUUCUUUUCUUUUCUUUCUUUCUUUUAAAACAAAAUAAUGUCUAAAUGUAUCAAAUCUGUCGACAGAACGUUCUCCAGAGCCUCUGCCUGUGGGAGAUCCGACACAGGCGCGUUAGUCCGAAAACGAGACAGGACCUUAUCUGAAGAGUUGGCCCAAUCAUGUUUUAGUAGUGUUACGUUUUCAAGAAGGAAUUCUCUUCAUCGGUCACCAUAAUGCCUCAAAUGUGUCAUGAAAACCAGCCACCAUUGUGUCAUUUUGUUCUGCUUACAGGAUCUGCACUCUUUGAUGAGUGGUUGAAACGGCCUGUUUUUUAUGCUAUAGGGCGUUUACUAAUGUUUGUAAAAUUGGUCUGAGGUUGAAGUAGUCAUGUUUAAAUGUUAUAAUAUGAACCAAUCAACGGUUACAAUGUCCCUUGCUGAAGUGCAACAAAGUCAAGAAUCACAGCUGCCAACAUAUGUUGUAAUUAUAAAGAAGAUUAAAUGUAGUAUUAAGAUUAUGGU